CACGCGUUGCCUACGAGCGCGCGGACUGAAGCCUUCUCCCUAAAAUGGGUCCCGCUGGAGCUGCACCUCAGCAGGUUUGAUCAGGAUGUUAAUUUGAGCAGAGCCAACGUUCAGGCAUAUCCGACCUGUACAAUUCAGGAUGUUCCUGAAGAAUGUUCGACCUGUGGUUGCAAAGCAUACGGAAUGGAGGUCUUUUGACACUCAACCCACAUGCUUCACUGACUCAGAGUGUGACAUACACAACUCUGGCUCAUCAGUGUCUGGGAAGGUCCAGAUGAUUAUUGAGAGCCUGAAAAGUUCCCAGUCCUCUGUAGACAUGAAUAGUGAUUGUGAAGCACUUGGAAGAGCAGGCCUCUUUGCACACAGGGAAAGAUCUAGGCCUGAGACAGAAUGCAUCAGAGCAAAAGACCAGCAUUCAGAUUGUAUGAAAAGAGAAUUGCAGAGUCAAGGUUCAGAAAGUGAUGACUCAGUGGAUAGAGAAAUUGAAGAGGCCAUUCAGGAAUUCUUAAAGAAGAAGGGUAACAAAAAGGAGAAGCCGGUUCAAAGACGGGUGACCAACCAGCUGAGCAGAGAUCACCAAAAAUCAAAUCCCAAUAAAAAUUCAAACAACAAUAAAAUACAUACUGCAAUUAAUAAACCUUGUACAGGAAAACCUACCCAGUCACUGUUGGGUAAGAAAGACGCUGAUAUCCCUCUGCUGUUUGUCAGUGAUAUAGGUACAGCCACAGUGCUUAAACAUCAUUCUUCCUUCGAAACUACGAAAGAUCCAAAAAAUCUGACUGCCAAGCACCAAACAAAUGAUUUUUCAGACUCCAGCAGUGAUGAUGGAAUUGAAGAAGAAAUUCAAAGGUACCUGCUUGAGAAACAAAAUGAGAAGUUUAAAAAAUAUAAAUCUCAACAGUCCCAGAAACAGUCUAACUCCCGCAGUGACAGCAUUGAGAAAACUAUGCAUCAAUGCAAGACUGAUAAACAAAAAAACAAAAAGUCAGCAAAAGCUCCCAAUCCCCCUAAAAGUAAGCACACAAGAGUCAAUAUAACUCAGAAAUAUGUAUCAGAUCACCAUCCAAUUUCUGAAACUACAAAUAAGAUAAUAGGGGGCUUGAUAACAGACAAUUCACAAGCUGUCAUAUGUAAAAGUUCAGGAACAGGAUUAAGUAGCUGUGAUUUCAAAGGCAAUAGUCAUUCCUUAACUCAUAGUGAAUUCCCAGCACAGAGUUCAUCUUCACUAAAAGUGAGUACAACUGCAAAACUAAUGUGUACUGAGGCUAUCCUCGACAUUUCAAACGUUACAAACACAGUGUCAUUCACAGCCAUCUCUAUACCUACAUCUCCUGUGUUCAGUGAGCAUCCCACAGAAGACUGUGACAGUCACAGUGGCAAAAGUUUGGUGGAUAAUGAGAACACUGCACAGGAGACUACAGAAUUCCUGGAGUUGAAAGAACAGGUGCAAAAGCUGUCUCCUGAAAAAACAAAUGCAAAAACUUUAACUAAUAAAGAUGGGGACAAUACUGAAUUACUGCAAGAGAAGAAAAAAAAGGUGUCACAAAAUAAGAAGGUACGACUUUCCUUGUCAUGGAAAAGGAAACUCAAGGAAGAUCUCAAGAUAUUCAAAGGAUCUCAGCUUGAGAGUUUGGCAUUUUGUGAGCAAAACAGUAACUCGCUGUCCAGCACCUCAGACAUGUCAGCAGAAACUUGUACUGAUCUACAUGUGACCCUAACUGAAAAUAUAGAACCUGUCAAAACCAUAAAAGACAGCAAAUCUUGCCAAAACAGAGAGAAUGCCCAAAGAUGUAAAUCUAAUGAAGAACCUGAAAUUUUAAUCAAACCCAUUUUAAAAAGUAAAGAAUUUAAAGCAACUAGAUGUUCAAAGAGAACACUAAAGAAAGCAAGCAGUGACAAGAACAGCUCCUUGGAUAGUGAUGACGUGCUUGACUUGCCAGUGAAAAACUUAGUAGAAACUAGGAAAAUGGUGCAAACAAAUACAAGUGAUAAGGAUAAAUCAAAGAGUGUUAGUUUUGGAGCAGUACAAUUGAUUGUGCCCAUAUCAGAGAAGACAACUCUCGUAGAACCAAAAACAAGGCCCAUUCAAGUAGCUAUCAAGAACUACAUAUCAAAAAGUGAUGUUUCAAGGAAGAACAGCCUGAUAAACAAUAAAAAUUUGAACAGCACAUUGAAUAACAGCACUGCAAAACAGCUCACGAGUGUCGAAAUGGCAAAACCUUCGAGUCAGAUUAAGUUGUCUGUUAAACAACGAGCACAAACUGGUGUAGCAAAGUUGUCACAUGGCGCUAAUCAGUGUGUAAUUCCAAAAGGGGAAGAAAUCAGUUCUCCCCACACUUAUGGCAGCAACAAGCAAAUGAAUAGAAAGUUCUUGGCAAAGAAAGUCAAAGUGUCUGAAGUUGAGGCUGGGAAAGUGGACAAGCGUUACAAGAUUACUGCUUCUGGUUCAGUAAGAGCUAGGGAAACAAAGAUGAAAUGUCAGCAGACAGAGGUCCAAGCGACAACAGAAGUCCCCAUCUUGGGCUCUGUGAAAGCGGCGGUUCUCCAAGGAACACCUUCAGCUGUGCCAGUACCCAUAUCGAAUGCUUCGCUAUCAAGUCCUCAGUUGAAAGGGGCAGAAGUGAAGGAACGAAAAAGUACCAUGUGUUCAGAAAAACUGACUCCUUUGGUCACUGGGAAGAAGAUAAAAAAGCGGAAAUUAGUUGACCACAUUAAUCUAGGUAACCACAACACUAACGUAGUACCUACAGCAGAAGAAGUGUUGUCCCAGUCACAGGGUCCAGUUAUGUUAAAUGAAAAUUCUGCUGCCUCCACCAGGGUUGGAGAGGUUGGCCAGGUAUACAUCUCUGAGCAGCCCAGCAUUAUUCACUGCCACUUGGCUGGGAGUCAUGUCCCUGCAGAGCAUGUCAGUUGCACCAAAUUUCCUACAGCUGAAGUGAAUGUCUGCCAUAGUAAUGUAGUAAACACUGACCAGCGAUCUGCAGAACCCCACACUGGUGGCAGACUGCCAUGCCCCACUCAUCCCCCAUCCCCAAAAAUGAGAAAGGGCAGUCAGGGCCUAUUGCAAGAUUUUUCUCUGGCAGAGAACAGGGUGCACAUUCAGAAGGAUAAGAGUGUGAAUGUGGAAGUGUCUGCCUACAAGAACAACCACAUCCAAAUCAGAAACAUGGAUCAACAUUUAGCAGGAAGUACCAGGGAUCACAAAGGAAAAGGGCAGGAAAUCAAAGUUGAGGAGGAAGACCUGUUUACAGUUGAAGAUGCAGAAUAUGUAGAUGAGACAGACUAUGACUCAGAUGGAAGAGGAGGUUCUAGUCAGAGUUCACAGGAGAGGAAGAGGCCACGUACAUUAUUUCUGUCUACCAGCAUUGAUCCUGGAGUUAAAAUCAGACCCUACAUUAUACUGGAAACGCCACAAAGAUAUCAGAAAUAUAUGAAAUCCAGGAAGCAUAUGUUUACAGAGCAUCAGAAGACAAGUGAAAUGAUUCCUGCCCUCCAUCAAAACACCAAAAGUGAAAAGCGAAAAAAUUGCUCAAACAUGUCAGUUAAUGUGAAGACAUUUUAUGCAAAAACACCUACAACAAAGAAAAUCACGAAAGACAAGCUUAUCAAAAGAAAACUUCAGUUGGUCACAGCUCUAACGAAAUUGUGAGAAACUUCUGCAAGGAUAGACAGGAUAAUUGUGAUUUUAUACAUAUAACUAACAAAGGUCUUUUAUUAAAG